AUAUAUGUAUGUACUUAUAUACGCACGACGACGCGCCAGGAGCGUAUCAAUCCGGGCUGGGAAAAUGAAGGGUAGCGAAGAAGGUAGAAGAACCUCGAUCGAUUUACCCUCAGCUCGAAGAGUCGUCCGUUAUUGCGACGUACGAUACCGAUUUUCAUUAUAUUGCAUAUUUCCAACAUAUUAUUAUUUUGAUAUCUAAACUCUUAUCAAAGUGUUAUCUGUUCAUCUUGUCUUUCAAAACUUAUGACAUUUUCAUAGACAUUUUUAUGAUAUUUUUUUUAGGAAAGAAAAGGGUAAUGGGGGAGGCGAGAUAUUUAAUUAGAUAGAUUGGUUCUUUAGGCUUGUCUACAUCGAAACUUACUUUUUUUUUUUUUUUGUUAAUAAUUUGUACGAGUUAUAGUUUGUUCCUUUUCAAAGAUCAUUACUUGACGUAUCGUGACGUUGAUAUUUAAUGUAUAAAUUAAUAUCGAUUUUGAUCUAUACGCAUUUAUCUAUCGGCUAGUUCGCAUACUUAUGUAUAUAUGUAUAUACACAUAUAGGCAAUGCAGUUCGAUAGAAAUGGGGAAAAGGAGAAAAUAUGACGACGAAGAUAUUUGAGUGGUUGAGCUGAUAUCGCAAAUCGUUUCGAGUGCGAACAGAUAAAUGAGAUAAGUUCUAUCAUAUGUUGGCCCAAGGUGAACAGUGUUAAUGACCGAUUUGCCGUGGCCAUGAAAAAGCCGAAAAUGAGAGAUAUUACAACGCGAUAUUUGUAAUUAUCGAAUAACAUAUGCGUAUAUUGCAGCUAUCAAAUGAACGAUUUGAUCGAAUAUACGCUGAGAGGCGAUAACGCGAUUUUGUGUUUCCGUCGACUAAUGCAAUGCAAUUAUAUAUGGUAAACAUGUGUCAUUCUUUCAUAAGAUUUUUAUACGGGUAUUUAAUAACAAGUAUUUCUCAUUUGAUGAUUUUUACGAUUAAUCGGAUCGUCGAGCCUGUCGAAGAGUCGUAAAUAACGUAAUCGGUAUACGGCAACGUAUACGUAUAAUACAUGAUUUCUUAAAUACGAUACAUAUGCUUGUUGCGCGAGAUGAAACUAUUCGAGAGUUUUGAAUGAUGUAUUCAAAUCGUUUUAUGAUUUCAUUUAUUAUGCUUUCGAUCUAAUGUUAAAAAUCAAAGAUCGUUGAUAAGACGAAAUCAUCACGUCGCGCGUGACCAUCCCGUAUGUUUGUUCAAUUGCGUACAGCAGCCAAAGAAAAUCAGCGAGUACUCGUUGAAAAAUCUUAUGUCGACUGUAAUGAUAUAAUGUUCGUUUAAUGGAGUUUUAUUAUCUCGAAUGGAUCAAAAAACUGAAGAAGAUAGAUUUGAAAUAAUUCGUUUUCAUCGAAAAUUGUUAGGUUAGCGCGAGACGCAACGUAAAUUUCAUGUCACGUUGGGUGAGCGAUCGAGUGAUCGAUUUACCACGUUAUCGGCAUUCACUUUUCGUUAUCGAAGAUUAUUUUGCGCAUUUCGACAACUGUUUCUGCGAUUUACGAAGCGACGUGUUUUUCAUUAUAAUAGAAAUAAAUCUUAGAAUAUAAAUAAGUAUAGUAGACGUGUGAUUAAGGAAUUUGAUCGUACGAUAGGUAAGAAAUCGUUUUGAAAUUUGGACUUAUAAAUUCAAAGGUUGAAAAUUAGACGAUAAACAAAUCCAUUAUAUUCGCAUUGUGAUCCGUAAUUAUUGAUUUUCAUCAAUCAAACAGAUCGUGUAUAAAAUAAUGGUAUCGUGUUAAAAAGCUAAGGGGUGUGUUUCGUUGUAUUUGUAUUUAUUUCGAAUUCAUUACAGAUCGUUUGCUUUAUCUAACGAUAAAAUUGAACAUAUUAAUCAAAACUAUUUCUCUCUCUCUCUCUCUCUCUCUCUCUCUCUCUCUCUCUCUCCCUCUCUUUCGUUCUUUAGAAGAAAUUUUGUGAUCAUUAAGAUUUAGCGAAGAUCGAUCGAAAGAAUCAAGCCGGGUAUCAUAGUAAUAUAGAAAAAAGGAAAGGAAGAAAGGGAAAAAGAAAGAAAGAAAGAAAGAAAGAAAGAGAAAAAGAAAAAGAAAUAAAGAAAGAAUUUCGGUCGUCGCGCGUCGUGCGCGGAUCUAGGGUUCGCAUGUGGGAUGGGGUGGGGUGGGGGUGUUACCGCAUCCUCCGGCGCGUGUUUGCGUUCAGUCGCGCGCGAGCCGCGGUUCCGCCGAGUCUCAGGUUUUACUGCCGUUGCGUUUACGACGCGUUGUCGAGCGUAGCCACGCGGGGAUGAUUCGCGUGUGAAAAGGAGCGAGAACGAUAUGGAGGCCUGGAUGUACGACGUGGUUUGUAUGAUGUCUGGCGCUACUACCGAAGGUAUGAUAUGCUACAACAGAACCAUGCCAAACAUUAAACAAGAAGUCGACAACCCCGCCACGCCUACGCAAAACUAUCAAGUUUGUUCACCGACCACUACACUGCAAAAUCAGGAGGCAAUUUGCACAAAAAUGGAUGUGCCGCCUGAUUAUGGCGGUGGUGGUGGUGGUGGUGGUGGUGGUGGCAGUGCUUGUAGCGGAAAUGGAGGCGCUGGUAGUGGAAGUCCAGGUAGUCCAGAGAUGCAUCACUGUUCAUCGACGACUCAACCUUUAGGAACUCCCGAGGAAGGUAUCAAGGAGGAAGACAUGUUGCCCAGGCGAUUAUGUCUCGUUUGCGGAGACGUUGCAAGUGGAUUCCAUUACGGUGUCGCAUCUUGCGAAGCAUGCAAAGCUUUCUUUAAGAGGACUAUACAAGCGAGUAACUUUACAGGUAACAUUGAAUAUACUUGCCCGGCAAACGGAGAAUGUGAAAUAAAUAAACGUAGAAGAAAGGCGUGCCAGGCGUGCAGAUUUCAAAAGUGUCUUCGCCAGGGAAUGCUAAAGGAAGGUGUGCGAUUGGAUCGGGUUAGAGGUGGCAGGCAAAAAUACAGAAGAUCUACGGAUCCUUACAUCCCUGUGAAAACGGCUACUUUGGAAGCGAGCGUAGCAUCCGGAGGAUCUGGGGAACAAAUAAAUAACAAAAUGGUCGAAGCUCUAGCUGCGUGCGAACCCGAUAUUUUACAAGUAUCGAAUCUUUCUCACACUUUGGAUACAGAUCAAAGGAUACUGGGACAAUUGUCGGAUUUAUAUGAUCGCGAAUUAGUUGGAAUUAUCGGUUGGGCUAAGCAAAUACCGGGGUUCAGCAGUUUAGCUUUAAACGAUCAAAUGCGGCUUCUACAAAGUACAUGGGCGGAAAUCCUAACUUUCAGUUUAGCGUGGAGAAGUAUGCCUAAUAAUGGCAGAUUGUGGUUCGCUCAAGAUUUCAGCUUGGAUGAACGUCUGGCACGUGAAUGCCAUUGUACAGAGCUAUAUACGCAUUGUAUCCAGAUCGUAGAAAGGAUUCAACGAUUGGGUUUGAUCAAAGAAGAAUACUAUGUGCUGAAGGCAUUGAUUUUGGCGAAUAGCGACGCGAGAUCGGACGAACCUCAAGCUCUAUAUCGUUUCCGCGACGCAAUAUUGAAUUCCCUUUCGGACUGCGUAGCAGCCGUAAGGCCAGGACAGGCGUUACGUGCUACGCAAAACAUGUUCCUAAUACUGCCUAGUCUUAGACAGGCCGAUGGAAUUGUAAGGAGAUUUUGGUCGAGUGUUUAUAGAACGGGCAAAGUGCCGAUGAACAAGCUCUUUGUAGAGAUGUUGGAAGCUGCCUAUUAUCGAUGAAACAACUAGAACCUGGUCGAAUAUUAUCAUUGAAAUCGAACGAGUUCGUCAAAGUUAUCAUUAAUAGUCGAUGUAUAAUAAACAUCACGCGGAAAUAAUAAAGGUGUUACUCACGUUUUCGAAACUAAAAGGAAUGACAAGUGAGUGAUAAGUGAGAGGAACAGUGCAGUUCUGUUCUUUUUUUUUUCGAACAGACUCGCGAACAAAAAGUUCUUUAUUUUUCAAAGGUGAAGCGUGGAGUGAUUUCGACCAGUGUUUCCCAACGAUCAUCGAACCGUAUAGUUCUGAGAUACCGUUAGCUGUCUUUGUUUAAAGUAACCAAGCUUUCCUUUUCAAGUACCCCUUUUACAGGUAUAGGAAAGGGAAUGUGAUUUCAGCAUAAAACGCGGAGAGAAUAAAAUGCGAGGAGCCUACGUUUAGAGGUAUCAUUAUAGGAUAGUAUAUAGUCUGUUGAUCGAUAGAUCGCAUUACCAAAUAAAUAUGUUUUUGUUUACACACUUGAUCAUUAUGAUCGUGACAUCGAGUCAAUGAUCGUACAAGUCAGAUCGAAGUUUAGUAAUUGUGGUGUUUGAUAAACUGUGGGUGUUUGAUGUUACAUAUUUGCAAUAGAGAUACGCUAAUCAUUUCAUGUUUGUCAUUAAUCUGAAUUCAUAUAUCGUUUCUGGCGGUUAGUUUAGCAAGAGGAAUGUACAUGUAUAACGCUAAUAAUUUAAAAAAAAAAAAGAUAAUACAAAUGUUUACUUGGCAUUAUAGGUGGAAUUAAUGUUGAAAGUAAUAAUAAUUAAAACUUAAGCUAGAUGUAUCGAACAUCCAUAGUUACGGCACUUUAAACCUUUAGGGCGUAUCGUUGUACAAAUAAAACCAGUGAUAGGAAUAGGAUUGAUCAAGUUGGAGAAGAUAAAAAGAAAGAGAAAGAAUGACUGGAUCGUUCUCGAAUUAGAGCCACGUUGUUUUUUUUUCUUUUUUUUCUUUUUUCUUUUUUUUUCUCUUUUUUUUCUUUCUUUUUUUUUCUUUUUUUUUUUUUUUUUUUUUUUAAUUUCUUUUGUAUAAGAUACAUUAGGAAUAUAUUUUAAGAACGGACUUUGGCCAGGUUGCCAGGUUCAUGAGAGUAAAAAAGGGGAGUUUAAUUGUUUGUUAAAAUGAUCGCAAAAAUAUUGCGCGUGCCACACAAAAGUGUAGGAGAAUAUAUGUAUAUAUAUGUGUGUGUAUAUAUAUAUAUAUAUAUUCAGGGAUCUUUAUUAUCUAGUUAUUACCGUUAUGAGUAUCGCGUGCGGGACGUGUGCAUAGUACUGCUUCUAUGGAAGGAAACUCGUUAUGUAACAAGAGCUACUAUUCUGACGUGAAAGUUCAGUACGAAUUGAAAAAACCGAAUAUAAAUUUGUUUUAUAGAGCUUUCUUUAGCAUUAGUUUGCCAUAACAUUUUCACUGAUAUUUGUAUUUUUUUUUCCUUUUUCAUUAUAUUUCCGUGAAAUUAAAGAACGAUAUAAAAAAUUGAAUUAGUUUUAUCGUAAGGAAUAAUCGAUCUUAUUCCUUGUUAUAUUUGAAAUUUAUAUAUCCAUUUUCGUGAUGUAUCGGAAAAAUUCGUAAAAUUAAUUAUUUUUUUUUUUUUUUUGACAAUAUAGAUACGAGCAAUAAAUUAAUCAAUUUUUGCACAAAAGAGAAAGAAAAUAUUAUCGAAUUAUAAGUAACGUACAAAAAGUCGUUCGAAGAAACGGUGAAAAUGUUAUGCAUAAUGGUGUAGUCGUAUCGUAUGUCUAUAUCGUCACUUUUACGGUGCAAUAUAUUGUUCAUUCGCGUCGUUGCAUUAUCCAAAUCAUGGAAAUGUAGCGUUAUUCCUUUAUUUUGACCUUGCUUUUCCUUCUUGUCCUUUUAUCUUACAACGUUUCAUCUAUCCUGCAUUUACGCACGAUGAAUAUUUCAUGAUACUGACUUCCCAUAUCUUAUUCGUAUAAGUUCUUUCAAGUUUUCCUGCUUGAUGAUUUGUUCCUUGUCAUGAAGUAGAUAGCAUAAUAAAUGAAAUGAAAACAUGGCUGUUCAGCCACGGCGAAUUUUAUCUGUGUUCUUUGCAGCUUCCUACGUUUUUUCUCUCUCGUUCAUUACGUGGCUCAUUUUUUAAAUACAUAUAUAUAUAUAUAUAUAUAUAUAUGUAUAUAUAUAUAUAUGUAUAUAUAUAUAUGUAUAUAUAGUUCGAUUUUUUUUCUCCAUGGAUAAAUUUCACUUUAAGAUGCCAACAGAAAAAAGAAAAAUUGAAAGUAAUCAACGAAAAGGACUGACGCAAGAGAAAUUUUUUCUGAAUCUCUUGCAAAUGAAAUUUUUUUUUCCUAUCGAUAACUAAAUUACUGUUCAGUUGUUAUAUUAACUUUUCUUAUAAGUUUUAUACUUUCGAUUUAACUAACAUCAAUUCAUUUGUCACGCUCUUCCUUUUCGUCUUUAUCAAUGUGAAAAUGUUUCUUCUUUAGACUGUGAUAUUUACACAAUAUUUGGCUUUUCUCUUUUGUGAAAUUAUUGGUGUUUCGUAAAAAUUCGAACGUUUUAGUUUAUGAGAUCUUGUAAUAUAUUGAUAUGAAUUUAUUUUGUUUUGCUUUUUUUUUUUGUUUUUUUUUUUGUUUUUUUUUUUUUGUUUUGCUUAAGUUGGUUUCAUAAUAAUUUAUGAACUAUUUCCAUGUAUAUAAAAAUCGAUACGAUAAAUUAAUUUUUCUAUUAUCGCGCAUGGUGAAACCAUGUUAACCAGAUUUGGCGAUAAGGGUGGUGUUUCAUAAAGCUUAGCUUAAUUCGCGCGUCGUUGAUCAGCUUUUGUUAUAUCUUGAUAAUCCGAUUCGUUAUGUGAUCUAUUAUUUUCAAGUGGAAUUCAAUGUAUCUAUCAUAUAUACGAUCGUUUAUUAUAAAUCCGACAAUAAGAUGCGAUAUAUGUAAAACUUUCAUAGUGCGAUGAUAUUGAACUAUUAAAUAUCAGACGUGCUGAACUAUUAAAAAUUCGGAAAAGAACGGGUAAGAAUAUUGAAGAAAUAUUUUCUUAAUCAGAGCAUUCGACAUAAAAGCGAAGAUGUAUUUUUAUGAAACCGACUUUUAUAUGGUUCCCCCUUUUUGAAAUUGAGAAAUCUACAAUUUUCGUAAGCUUUUUUCUUUUUUUUCCCCUCCUACCCUCCUUUAUUUAAUCAUCAUCCAUUCGCCGUGGCAUAGAAUCGUAGUCUCAGGGUUGCAUACAAACAAAUAAACAAACGAUACAAACCUCGACACAUACAAAUAGUUAAGAAUGCGAAUAUAUUUGUGAAGCAAACAUUAUAAUAAUAGUAAUAAUAAAAAGAAUAAUAAUUAUAACAUUAAUAAUAAUAUUAAUAACGAUAACGAUAAGGAGACGAUUAAUGCUGUAACUUACUAUGUUAUAUAAUGAAGCUUAUGUGUUACGAAGAUGGAAAUUAUUUAUGUAUUAAAAAAAAAAAAAAAAAAAAAAAAAGGAAAGAAAAGAAAGAAGGAAACGCGUAUAUGAAAAUGGAAGAAAGAGAAAAUCCGGCAGAAGUAAAAUUCUUUUGUGUUAAGGAAUUAAGAAUGAUCGACUAUUUUUGCCCAAAUAAAGUGGGGAUUUCGAUUAUUUGUUUUCAAAAUCGUUAUUCAUUUUAUCCGUCCGCGUAUUUGGCUUCAAAUCAUUCUUCGUGUUCGGACAUUGAUUAUUCAAACGUGCAUAUUUUUCUUUUCAAAGGGCAAACAAAAAAAAGGAUGAAAUUGAUUUAUUUUUGUUACAAUAGAGCGAUUAAAUAGAUGUGUAUGUAAUAUGUACAUUACGUAUUUGGUGUAAAGAAGAGAUUAUUGAAAUUAACAAGGAAGGAUACGAUCCUAGCUAAAUUAUGUUUCUUUUAUUUCUUUUUUUUUUUUUUUUUUUUUUUUUUUUUUUCUCUAUAUAUACAUUAUUACGCUGAAGAUGACAUAGAUUUUUUUCUUUUGUUGUCAGUGUACAAUAUCGCCCCUUUAUAAAGUGUAAAUAUAUAGUAUAAAUAAAGAAGGCGAAAGACGCUAGUACCAGUUUUGAGAUUUUUAUAUUGUAACAGGCAUCAUUUAUAAGAUGGAUUUGAAGAAGAAUGCGAAUGAACCUUGAAUUUAGGAUUAUUAGUAUUUCAUGUGUAGAUAUCGCGCACGUUCAAAAUAAAAUUAUGUUUAUUUAAUAUAAGGCGAAGGAGUUGAAUAAAAAGGUAUAAUGUUUUUCGUUAAAAAUAUUGGAUGUUAAUAGUAAAUAAGCGAUAAAAAAAAAAAAAAAAAAGAAAAAAAAGAAUUGAUGUUUUCUGUUUGAAGAAAAUCUAAAGACAGUUUAAAAUUCGUAUAAUAACUGCUUCUUAUCUGUGAUCUAUUCCAAUCAAUAAAUUCUCAAUUAUGCUUUGAUCUUUAGAUCUUCUUUUGAAAUUCACCAUCAAAAACGAUGCCUGUAGAAUUUAAAUGCCGCUUCUAUGACGAUUAUAAAUAUGUAUGUAAUUACUUUGUAAUUGUAUUAUAGUAGGUCUAUAUAUGUGUGUAUAUAUAUAUAUAUGUAUAUAUAUAUAUUUAUAUGUAUAUAUAUAUAUAAAUAUAUAUAUAUAAAUAUAUAAUAUAAUUUUUAUAUGUAUACAUACACGAAGAGAAAAGUGUAGUCGAACAAACACAUGAGAGAUCAUCGGCUAUCUUGUAAAAAAAAACAAAAAAAAAAAACAAAAAAAAAAACAAAAAAAAAACAAAAAGAAGAAAAAAGAAAAAAAAAUGAAGAAAAUCAAGUGACAGCCUAAAUAUUAUUGGAGUCGAACUUGUACGCCAGGGUAUUCGUACAAGUUGCGAUUAAUUAUUCGUCCGGAUGAAAAAUGUGUUAUGUAAGAUAGAAAUAUCUGUCAGGAGACACGAAAAAAUAAAAAAAAAUGUUGCAUGGAA